UCGAAGAACCCAUCCCAUAGUUUUUUUCAAAGAAGAAUUGGUCGAACUCUACAGGCGCGCGGGAGUCACUGCUAUUUUCUGUUCGCUUCCCCCUUAAACAGUUUCUCCUCCGGCUACAAUGGGGUUUGCUUCCGCCAAUGUAAUCUGUCUGCAACUGGUUUCUUCGGCGAUUCAAAGAUGCCGCUUAUCCGGCGAGCUAUGCAGGCUCUCAGUUGUUGUCAAAUGCUCUCCACCUUCCGAUCCUUUUCUUAUUCGAAUCUCAAUUUCAGAUACGGGUGUCGGAAGCUGCCUGGAGGAGUUUCAGGGCUUUAAGUUUUCAAGAAAAAGCAUUGGCGACGAAAAGUGGGAUGGAGUGCUAUCUGUAAGAACUACUGGCAAAUGUGAUAAUGAGGUAUAUCACUAUCAGUUAAACCUAAAAGAGAGUGCUUCUGCCAGAAGGCUGACUAGGCUACCUUCAAACCCAAAGAAUGGUGUGACAUUCAGUGGGACUGAAGUAAUUCUCUCCAUGUUUGAAAGUGCUGAUGCCUUGGUGGCAGAGAUCAAUUGCUUCUUUCAAAAGAUGCUCAUGCUAAAGAUUCCUAAUGUUGCAUAUGAGCUGGUAGUUGAAAAUGGGGAUGCUCCUGGAUCGCAAUGUGAACAUGUUUUUCUAGCAAACGAGCCCAAUCCGUUACCUUUCUCAGCCUCAAAUCUUGAAUGUUUGAAGUCCGGCAUUGAAGAUUAUGUUUUGAAGCAUGGAUACAAGAAGGAGCAUCUCAAGGUUGGGAGUGGGACGGCAUAUUGCACAGAAGGCCAUCAGAAUACUGGAUGGAUGAUGGACACCGUGAUUGUGAUAAGUGAAAUAUCAGAGCCAACCAGUAGUUGCUUUGGGACUAGUGGUGCUAAAAGUGAGGUUAUUUAUUUUAAAGAUUUUUCACCUUGCUCAGUCUCUCAGUCAUCUACGAAGGCAUUGACUAGCAUUGACUGGAGAAGUUUUGGGUUGACUUUGAAAAGUAUUGUGAAUCAAGGUGGCCAUGCAUUUUUGGAAUGGGAAGGCUUGCCACCAAAUACUCGCAUAGAUAUCGUCCUCCAUUCUUACCAUAAGCAGGCCAUAAUGCCAUCUGCGAAGCAAAAGAUUCAACUUGAUCGAAAUCUCAUAAAAAGAGCAGUGAAACUUGCAUUGGAUGAUUUGAAGGAGAAGCAUGCGGGAGUUCUUCUAAGUGCUCAUGCCCUCAAGAUUAGCAGUUAUGCCCCCGAUCUCGCAAAAACAAUUGCUGGCCUAAUUUUGUCUUCCAACGACUCAGGCUUCCAGGGAGAAUGCUUUUCUCUUCUUGGUUUGCAGUGUCAGGGAGUGGGAGGUGAAAUUGUUGAAGACUGUAUAAAGGAAAAGAUUAUCUCUGUAAUAGAGAUGAAUGAUAGGAAGUCCCACGAAAGAAGCGAAGACGUUGCACCUUUUCUUUUUGAAGAUGAGUGCCUCCAGGAGCUCAACUUCCAAGAAGAUGAAUAUGACGAAGGAGUGGGCUUUGUGUUUCUGGCCAGUUUGUAUAUGCGUUUUAGCCAACUGGAUCAGCUCGAUAUAGUUGUAAAGUGGGUAAGUACCGUGCAGUCACUUUAAAAAAGAAUGAGGUACACUAUUAAAAAAUUAAUUUUCUUUUCACGUGGGUCUCCUAUUUAUUCACUUUUUUCAAAGUGAUUUCUUGGUGUUUACGCACUUAUGAUUACAACUAUCAUUUCUUUAGUUAGAAAUAGAGCACAACUAUUCUUUAUCUUAGAUUUGUCAUUAUCUAAGUAUACUGAUGACAUAGUUUAAGUGAAUUUUCACGUCAAAUACUUAAUAACAAAUCACUUGGAACAUGUCUUGAAAAACUGAUCAUUUAGGAUGAAAAAUAAUAUAUUUUUCUUAAAGAUUAUAUCUAUGUUGGGCACCAAUAGUUUACAGAAUGCUACUUUACCCUACCCGUCCUCCAACACAGUGCCUGAACAUGCUCACAGACCACCACAAUGUGACCAGCUUGACCUUGAGUUUGUAUAAGUGCUUUUUGAUAGUUUGGUUUGAUUUUACCGGUUUUGUUGAGGAGUUGAGGUCUAUUUAGCUCGAAAAUGAUUUUCAGGCUGUCGAAAGGAUUGAUUAUUCCGAACCAUAGUCAUAUCACGUGAUCAUAUGUAAAUCAUUCCUGUCAUUUUCGACAUUAUUUCCCGCCACUUGGUUAACAUCAUCAAAAUAAAAGCAGGAAAAAUGUUGACCCUUUCAAAGCUCAAAGAUCAUGAAUUGCUUAGACUGCAUAGUUUGUGAGAAUGAUAUUAUUCUACACUGUUUGUGAGAAAGAAACUCUGCCUCUUUAUAAUAAUUUAAGGGGCCCCUUAUACCAUUAACUAGUUUUUUUACUGUAUGAA